AUGCAUCUUCAACUCUAUAAUGUAUCAUCACAUCCCAAUACCACUUACUGGGAACUUAUCCUCUUACGCUUCCCCUGCUACUCGAGCGAAAGUCGUGACCGUGCAACGUUUGUGAAGAAUGAACUUUUGCCCUGGAAUGCAGACUUACCUUGGAAGCUACUAGUGAUACUGUUGUUCUAUCGUACUCGCAGUCUUCCAGACUACAGCCGCAUUACGUGUAUGAGGUUCAUUUUGGGGAUCCUUAUUCUACGCAACCUUCCAUCGCGGUUACUUCACGGACGUGUAGCGAAAUUCAAACCACCAAAUCACAUACUGAAUUCCACACCCGUACAGAGGAGCCAACAGCGGGCGGGCCAAAAUCAACCAUGGCAUUUGAAGUGCCAUCCUCAGAUACAGAACAUGAUCGUAAGCUUUCCUUCAAGGAGAACGUCAGAUCUGAAUUAG